AUGGGGCCCCUGUUUCCUCGCCCACACUCAAAGCACGCCCAAAAAAGCUUAUGAAAAGGUACCAGGGGCAUCUCAUGGGGCCCCCUACUGACCCCGGGCCCUUGGGCGGUGCCCGAGUGCACGAAUGUUGUCAGUCCGCCCCUGCACCAGACCCGCUCCACGAAAAGUGAUCCUUCAACCAUGGUUACUUCUAAACACGAGGAAGACCCCACAAUGGGUUAGCAGGAUUAAGGUGGAGCAGGGGCGGACUGACAACUCAUGGGGCCCCUGGGCAAUAAGGGAUCAUGGGGCCCCUAGACGAUUAUUCAAACAUCAUAGUGUUAUUGCCAGGGGUGGACUGACAACUCACGGGGCCCCCGGGCAAUAGGGGAUCAUGGGGCCCCUGUGUCCUUGCCCAAACUCAAAAAA